UAGGUCUUAAUGACUAAUUAUUUUUCUCCAAACACAAUGAGCUCCCCCUUCCUAGAAACAAACAUUCCUCAUAUAGAAAACCCUAAUUUCACCUUUCCCUUUCUUUAUUCACAAAUGAAUAAUCAAGAUUGUAAUUACAAUUUUCAAGAUUUUCUUGAUCAAGAUUUUGAAUUUUCUUCAUUUCUUGAUCAGCUUCUUGUUGAUUAUGUUCCUACCUAUAACAACUCCAAUAAUACUCCUCUCUUAAAAAUUAAUCCCACCAUGCAGAAAAUAAGUAGUACUACCAAUAGUGCAAGUUCUGCCACUUCUUUUUAUACCACACCACCAAACAUUAAUCACUUGAAAGAAAAAUCCAAAGUGGGGAUCAUAAAGAAAGAGAUGAAGAUGAAUGAAAGACAUGUUAUUGCUUUUAGAACAAAGACUCAACUUGAGAUCUUGGAUGAUGGAUAUAAAUGGAGGAAGUAUGGCAAGAAGAAGGUGAAAAGUAACACAAAUUAUUUGAGGAAUUACUACAAGUGUUCAAUUCGAGAAUGCCAGGUAAAAAAGAGAGUAGAAAGAGAUGGACAUGAUUCAAGCUAUUUGAUUACUACAUAUGAAGGCGAACACAACCAUGAAAGUUGUUCCUCUAUAUAUCAUUUACAGCCAUGAAAUGCCACUGAAUUUCCUCAAUGAAUGGACUCUGCAAACAACUUCAUAAUUUCCAUAAGAAGCAAU